AUGCUCUUAUGCGUUGGAAAUUUCUUUGGCUCUGCUUCAGAAACAGAGUGGAAGGAGUACCAGACAGGUGUCAAGAAAGCACCUAUUCAGACCUAUGUGUUGGGAGCCAAUGAUCAAGAGACUGUACAUUAUUUUCCAGAUGUCAGUGGAUGUGAAUUAGCUGAAAACAUUACUUACUUAGGUCGUAAAGGUAUCUUCAAUGGCACAUCAGGAUUGCAGAUUGCCUACCUGAGUGGUACAGAAUCAUUGAGUGAGCCAACCCCUGCAUACAGUUUUAGCUCCAAGGAUGUGAUGGAAUUACAAACAUCUUUGUUAUCAACUCCAAAAUUCAAAGGUGUGGAUAUUUUGCUGACAUCUCCUUGGCCCAGGGACGUAGGGAAUUUUGGAAAUAGUUCUGGAGAAAUAGAUACUAAGAGAUGUGGCUCUGUGUUAGUAUCUAAUCUAGCCACAAGUCUGAAGCCAAGGUAUCACUUUGCUGCAUUGGAGAAGACCUAUUAUGAAAGACUUCCUUAUAGAAACCAUGUCGUCCUGCAGGAGACUGCGCAGCAUGUGAGCAGAUUUAUAGCUCUUGCCAAUGUUGGCAAUGCAGACAAGAAGAAGUAUCUCUAUGCAUUUAGCAUUCUCCCAAUGAACUCAAUGGACUCUGCAGAAUUAGUGAAACAACCACAGGAUGUCACUGAAAACCCAUAUCGAAAAUCUAGGAAAGAGGCACAGAAGGCAAACUUGCUCCUAGGUGCAGAGGAAGAACCAGCUUGUCAGUUUUUCUUUGAUUUGAGCAAACAGCAAGGAAGGAAGCGGCCCUCAGAUGGGAAGGAGGGAAGACAUUUCCAGCCCAAACAGGCUAGGAAACCUCCCCAGCCAACGGGUCCUUGCUGGUUUUGCCUUGCCAGCCCUGAGGUUGAGAAGCACUUGGUUGUUAGUAUCGGUACACAUUGCUAUCUUGCCCUUGCCAAAGGUGGUUUGUCCAAUGAUCAUGUUCUUAUUUUACCUAUUGGGCAUUAUCAGUCUGUAGUUGAACUUUCUUCAGAGGUAGUGGAAGAAGUAGAGAAAUACAAAUCUGCUCUAAAGAAGUUUUUUCAAAGCAAAGGAAAAAGAUAUGUGUUGUUUGAAAGAAAUUACAGAAGUCAGCACCUACAAUUGCAGGUGAUUCCUGUAUCACUCACCUGCUGUGCUUCUGAAGAUAUUAAAGAGUCCUUUAUUGUACAAGCACAGGAACAACAGAUUGAAUUAUUAGAACUCCCAGAGCACUCGGACAUCAAGCAAAUUGCACAGCCAGGAACACCAUAUUUUUAUGUUGAACUGGAUACAGGGGAGAAGCUUUUUCAUCGUAUUAAGAAAAAUUUUCCCUUGCAGUUUGGAAGGGAAGUCCUGGCUAGUGAAGCUAUCCUGAAUAUUCCAGAUCGGGCAGACUGGAGGCAGUGCAAGUCCACCAGAGAAGAGGAGGAGGCAUUGUCCAAAGCCUUUCGAGAGGACUUUGAACCUUUUGACUUUUCUUUGCUGCAGUAACUUUGCUUUUCCAGUGGGAAGCACUCAGUGGUAGGACUGUCUUGCCAAGAGCACUGCUGUCCUGUUCCUGUUCAUCACCGUCAUUCAUUUUAACACUGUACUUGUUGCUGAGUUUCGCUCUGGUCUGACUCAACUCUUGUGCAGAACUGAGGUUAAAAGUGAACAGUCCAACUGCAAGGCAUAAUGGGGCAAAGGAUUUCCCUUCUUAGUCUAUUUGACAGCGGGAGGACCAGAGCCCUGGUGCUGGAGCAGGCUGUACUUUUUGCUGAGAUUUUUAAUCAAAGAAAUAAACUCUAUUUCUCUC